AUGGUCGGCUUCGAGCUCCUGUCUGCAGCGUUCCUGCUCUCCUUUGCUUGUGCCCAGAUCUUGGUCCCGCCAGGCAACGUCUCAUCCGGAUACGUGGAGCCAUCCGGGCCUCAGGCGCUGUCCUUCAGCGUAUCUGACAAUGCUCGACAAAUCAGCUGGUUCUUCACGCCCAACGGCUUCGCUGUAGUGGAGGGCGACAUCAUUUACGGAACGAUCGAGGACUUCAACCGGGCAGUGAUCAACAUCACCUACAACUCGGAAAGUGACCUCAACACCGCCGGCACCAGCGCCAACACCACCGCGCCCGCGCGCCGCAGGAGCAUCAUCCCGCCAGCGCCUCAUGCCGUCAAACGCGCCAACUCCGUGUUCCCGGGAUCCUCUGCGCUCUGGCCUGAUGGGAAUAUCCUCUAUCGCUAUGCUGAUCAAGAGACCGAGGACGCGCUGUCGUUGUACACGGACGCCGCCGCCAACGCCUGGCAGGAGGCCGUGCCUUGCCUCAAUUUUACCAAGUUGCCCAACGGUGUCGGCGGCUCGGACCCGAUCGUGACGGUCUACGCCAAUGUUCCAAACCAGGGAUACUGCUUGGCAUCGCUGGGAUUCAGCCCUUUCGGUACAAUCAUGUCGCUGGACACGGGCGGUGGUUGCGGCGUUCCAGAGUUGAUCCACGAAUGGGGACACAUCCUGGGCUUGUACCACGAGCAGAAGAGGCCGGACAGCUUCGCCAAGAACCCGUUCCAAUGCCAGAACCUCAUCGACUAUCCCUUUGGAAUACUCACGGCGGAGGCCGACGCCAACUGCUGUGGCAAGGAGCCCAACUACGGCUGCUGUGGUUGGGCCUGCCAAUUCACCCCCCAAUUCGACCUUUACAACGUUCAGGACCCCGUCAACGGCGAGUACGACCUCGACAGCAUCAUGCUCUACCGCAAUGACGCCUUCGCCAAGCCUGGCACGCUCACCCUCCUCAACGGGCCCAACACGUUCAUUAAUCCGCAGCAGCUCUCCGCCGGCGACAUCAACCGCAUCAAGGCACUCUACGGCUGCCCGCCCGACAAACCCCAGCCGCCCAAGUGUCCGAAGGGCUGCGACCCGACGAAUUACCAGAACAAAUGCAGCUUUCCCACGGCGCCCGUGUGCAUCUACCCGUCACCGAGCACUCCAAAUCCGAGGGCGGCAUGCGCGUGCCGUGCGGGAUACAAGGCCACGACAUCGGGCAUUCCAGACAACGACACCACCAAGCAGUGGCGCCUGCCGGCACCGGAGGGGAAUUUCCGCGUCUGGGUGGCUGAGGACGUCGCGUGCGACACGCUGUGCGAUAAGCCGUCGGGCACUGAGAGCUGUCGCGAGGUCGCGGAGUUGCCGGCGGAAUGCUUGCGCAAUUGA